GUGGACUCGAGGGAGGAGAAAAAACUGCCGUUGGAGAGGAGUGAAGUCCACGCGUCGCCCGAUCGCUUGAUUGGUGCGUUUCGAUUUUAACGAUUGCACGGAAUCCUUCCGACGUUAAAUGUCUCACUUUGUGCACACGUGAGCUCGGAAGAGAGCGGAACUGUAACAGUUGGAAAUCAAAGACAAGGAGGGAGAAGACAACAACAACAUUAAAGGAGUAAAUGGAGCAGGUCGACAUCUGUGCGGACAGAAAGGUGCUGUGCCUGUUUGAUGUGGAUGGGACUCUGACGCCACCCAGAGAGAAAAUCGACCCAGAGCUGGACGCGUUCUUCCAAACGCUGCGAAGGAAAGUCAAGACCGGCAUCGUCGGCGGGUCGGACUAUUCCAAGAUAGCCGAACAGCUCGGGGAAGGAGAUGACGUCAUACACAAGUUUGACUAUGUAUUCGCUGAGAAUGGCGCCGUGCAGUACAAAGACGGGAAACUCCGUUCGAAACAUGCAAUCCAGAACCAGAUCGGUGAGGAAUUGCUGCAGGACCUGAUCAACUUCUGCCUGAGUUACAUGGGGCUCAUCAAACUGCCAAAGAAAAGGGGGACGUUCAUCGAGUUCCGGAACGGAAUGCUCAACAUUUCCCCCAUCGGUCGCAGCUGCAGCUUAGAGGAGCGAAUCGAAUUCUCUGAAAUUGACAAGGCGGUCUCAUCAGCUUUGACAUCUUCCCUGAAGGCUGGGACAAGAGGUUAUGUCUGGAUCUGCUGGAGACUGACGGCCUGGACGCCAUCUACUUCUUUGGCAAUGAAACGUCAGAUGGAGGAAACGAUUACGAAAUCUUCAACGACCCACGUACGAUCGGCUUCACGGUCUUCUCCCCCCAAGAGACUGCCAGGCUGUGCCAGCAACUUUUUUUUUCAUGAGCCAUCAAGCGAAUCCCGAUCUCGUUUUCACGGACCGCAGAACUUGGUGGAAUGUUUUGUUGUAGCUGCUGAACGUCGACCGGCGGAUCUGACCCGGUUGGUUGCGAACUACUGAAAAUGUGCUACUGUACUGCAGAUUUUUAUAUGGUGGCUGGAGAAAGGGACGGACAGAAGGUCAGAGAGUGUGCUGUGCACGAGAUAUGGAGCAUGAAAGUAUUAAAUAUUGUACUGUCAGUGUACAUUGUGCUCUGAAGAGGAGAUGAAACUGAGGUUGCAGGUUCAAAACAAAACAAUUCUUUCAGUCCACAUUCCCCGAACACGCACGUUGCAUUCACUGAAGACCGUAAAGUGAAUUUUAAUUUUGGAAUUAAUGGUGGAUUAAAAUGUAAAUUUCUAUAUUGUCUUUUUAGGGGUGUUCCAUGUGCUGUUGCAUGUGGCCGCUAAGUCAGUGAUUAUGUAUCACUUUUUAUCAUUUUCAUCGACUGUGGUGUCAAAACGUUACAAGUGCU